AGACUUGAAAGAAGAUUUUGCUUUAAUGAGAAAAAUCUAAAAAUAAUGCUAACAAGAUUCAAACUUCCAUGAUCCAUUCUUAACAUGACUUUCAUGAAGGAGCAUGCAUCGUGCUGUAAAGACCAAUACGUUAACAUGAAGCCUAUCAUCCAGACUCUUGUAGAAAAAUAAAUACUCCUGUUCAAGUCUCCUUCAGAAAAGGCUGGAUAGUAAAUUGGCAAAGAGAUCUAAGAUCAGGAUGAACUUACUUUCAAAAUCCCCGAAACAAAGCAAGAAAGCUCAUAAAAGAUCUGUUGUUAAUAUCAAAAUCAUCGACGAGUCUCAAAAAGAUAGCAAUCCUUUGAAAAAGAAGCCCUCAAUUCAGGUAAUGAAUCUGAGAAUCAGAAAGUCCCCGCGAACAAAAUCCAGAAAUUCUUUGUCAUCUUCGAAAAAUUUUAGAGAGAUAGAUAAGCCUAAAUACAAGCCAAAGAAGAAGAGCUCAAGGGAUAAACAGAGGAUUUAUUCAGCCACUAGAGAUGCAUAUGGUUAUAAUCCUUACCCUAAGAUGAAGAAAAGCAACUCUUCUGGAUCCUCUAAUGCCUACACUUUACCUCAAAGCGCCAAGAUGAACCAAGAGAUGACAAAAACUUUUUAUCGUACGAAUUUAUCCUCUAGCUCUGCAAAGAAGUCAGAAGUACACUUUAUGAAAGGCAAAUUUCAUAGUCGAAGACAGACCAGGUAUGACACCCUGUCUCCUCAAAAGUUAAGGCCGAAUUCUGGGUUCCUCAUCAAAAGGAAGAACAGCAACAAGACAGACCCAGCUAUUGAGACUGAAUUUGAUCGUGAAAUCAUGAAAUUUUUGGAUACCCUUUAACCACUAUUUCAACAAACAU